CUUCCGGGUCUCACGUGGUUCUGCAGGGAUGGGGAGCGGGGAGGACGCGUUCGGCCCCUCUGUCCUGGGGACCAAGGAGCACUGGGAUGCUGCAUAUGAAAGAGAACUGCAACAUUUUCAAGAAAACGGAGAUACUGGAGAGAUUUGGUUUGGAGAAGAAAGCAUGGUUCGUUUGAUCAGAUGGAUGAAAAAACAAAAGAUCCCCCUGGACAGUUCUGUGCUUGACAUUGGAACUGGAAAUGGCAUUUUGCUGGUUGAAUUGGCAAAAUCUGGUUACACUAAUCUCACUGGAAUUGAUUAUUCUCCUUCUGCAAUAACUCUUUCUGAAGAGAUAAUAGAAGAACAAGGAUUGCCCAACAUUAAAUUACAGGUAAACGAUUUUCUGACUCCUUCAGCUGAGCUAUUAGGAUUUCAGAUCUGUAUUGACAAAGGAACCUUUGAUGCCAUAAGCCUUAAUCCUGAUAAUGCGGCUGCAAAGAGGAAGCAGUAUGUGGAAUCGCUCUGCAGGGUAUUGAAUCCAGAAGGCUUUUUCCUCAUAACAUCUUGUAAUUGGACCAAAGAGGAACUGCUAAAUGAGUUCAGAGAAGGAUUUGACUUUCUGGAAGAGCUGCCAACACCCAAGUUCUGUUUUGGUGGGAAAACUGGAAACAGUGUAACAUCCUUGGUUUUCCAAAGAAAAAGAUGACGGCAUCCAUCUUUGACAAAUUAGAUUAGCUGAGAAAAGAAAAGUCUGAACUUUAAAGUAAAUCUGACAGCAAGGAAGAAAGAAAAAAAACCACCGUAUACAUCUGUGUAAAUAAAUACUCACCAAAUAUACAGUUAGUGUGCACAGUAAACAGUUAACAUGUUCAGUUAUAAUGGGACUGUAAAAUAUUAUGGACAAGUUAUGCAAAAUUGUAAUAUUUUCAGGAGAAAUUCUGCCUUUGUUAUAGGCUGACGUGUUUCAAUGAAAGUUGCCUGUGCACAAGCAAUUUGUUUGUAUUUGAACUGUAAACAUUUUUUCCUGUUUAAUUUUAUUUUGAUAACCAGCAGUUUAGAAUAAACUGAAACUCUAAAUCCA